AUAGAAGCCCUUCAUCCUAUAACACUUCUCAUUACAGGCAAGUGUUGUAAGAGCAAACAUUCUCUCUUUGCUCUGUGACGGGCAACAUGAUUAUGUACAUUCUUCUUCCCUUCUUCUACCUCAUCUUCAACCUCUUCAAGAUUCUCUAUUCUAGGCGAAACAAACAAUGUUGCAUCCUCGACUACCAAUGUUUCAAGCCCUCCGAAGAUCAGAAACUCAGCACCGACUUAUCCGGCGAUAUAAUCAUGAGGAACAAGCACCUCGGCCUUGAAGAGUACAAGUUCUUACUCAAAGCCAUCGUCAGCUCUGGCAUAGGCGAACAAACCUAUGCCCCGAAAGUCAUCUUCGAAGGUCGUGAAUCUUGUCCUACCCUAAACGACUCCAUCUCCGAAAUGGAUGAUUUUUUUAAUACGGCCAUAGGGAAGGUUUUAGCAAGGUCAAAUGUUUCGCCCUCGGACAUUGACGUUCUUGUGGUCAAUGUCUCGAUGUUUUCCGGCACUCCUUCCUUGUCGGCGAGGAUCAUCAAUCGGUAUAAAAUGAGGGAGGACAUUAAGGUUUAUAAUCUAACGGGAAUGGGCUGCAGCGCUAGCUUGAUAUCCAUUGAUUUGGUGCAAAACAUCUUUAAGACACAAAAUGACCUUUAUGCCCUCGUCGUGACAUCGGAGUCCCUGAGCCCAAAUUGGUACGUGGGGUAUGAUCGGUCCAUGAUCCUGUCCAAUUGCUUGUUCAGGGUCGGCGGGUGUGCAAUCUUGCUAAGUAACAAAGUUGUGUCGAGUCCUCUAGCCAUGUUGAAGCUCAAGUGCCUCGUGAGAACUCAUCACGGGGCGAGGGACGAAGCUUAUGGGUGUUGUUUCCAAAAGGAGGAUAAUGAAGGAAGUGUAGGGUUUUACUUGAGCAAGACCCUACCGAAGGCCGCCACUCAUGCCUUUGUGGAUAAUCUCAAAGUAGCAUGCCCGAAGAUCCUCCCCAUUCGCGAGCUGCUCAGGUUCUCCAUUUCCACGCUCGCGAGGAAAUGGCUGGGGUGGGGCUCGUCAAAAUCGGGUGGAUCGAGAACAAUCUUGAAUUUUAAGACUGGGGUUGACCACUUCUGUUUGCAUACAGGUGGAAAGGCAGUGAUAGAUGGGAUAGGACAUAGCUUGAAUCUGAGCGAGGAUGAUUUGGAGCCGGCAAGGAUGACCCUACACCGAUUUGGGAACACUUCAGCUAGCAGCCUAUGGUAUGUGUUGGGUUACAUGGAGGCGAAGAAAAGGCUGAAGAAAGGGGAGAAGGUGUUGAUGAUAACAUUUGGGGCGGGGUUCAAGUGUAACAGCUCGUUGUGGGAGGUGGUGAGGGAAAGGAACGGUGGUGGUGAUGGUGAUGAUGGUAAUGUUUGGAAUGAAUGCAUUAAUGGCUACCCACCAGAAACCUUGGCCAAUCCUUUCAUGGAGAAGUAUGGAUGGGUUAACAGUGAGGAUCCUGCAACUUUCAGUGCCAAGAAAAGGAAGUAACAUGUUCUGCCUCUAUUUUUAUAUUUGAAUAUCUCUCUCUAUUAUGGAUUUGAAAUUUAGUAAAAGAUGUGUGAAAGUGAAAUAUUAUUUGUAUAUCAUUCAAGUUGUUAAAAAUGCACAAAUAUCACAGUUUAAUAAGUUUUUUGAUAUUUUUUUU